AUGGACAGGCCCACGCAUAAGUUGGGAGCAAAACGGCGCCUUUGCGGCGAUGAUGUCGCAGCGGCGCCUACGAUGGUGAAGCGACCUGCAACAGCGCCUCCCGCAGCCGCCAGCGGUAACCAGCAGGAUUUGCUCUCCUUAUUUACUGACUGCAUGAGCGCUUUGUCUACAAACAAGAUAUGCAGUCGCAACGCCUUCGAAAUCGGCUUCAUCGACCACAUGACAGACCUGGUACACUUGGACGGUGGUUCCGACGAUGAUGAGAGCAUACCAGAGCUUCCGUCUAGUGAUCCAGUAUCUGCUGCGAGCCGUAGGUUGAAUUUCACGCGUGCCUCGAAGGUUGUGGAGAGUGCCAGCAAGAUUUACGGCUACCGCAUCGAGGCCAUUUACGACCAGACCUUUAACGUGCUUAUGAGCAUGAAUAGCGCCAAUCAAUCUGAGGGAGGCGGUCCGUUGACCACUGCUGAAAAGUCACGAAACCGGACUCGUGUCAAAGUGGACUACACGUCAGGCUCACGUACCUUGGCACCAGAGGCAGACGUCACUCUGUCCGAGAUACCGGUCGAUAACGUUGUUCUAGACCCGUACUUCCUUAAGAUAUCGUCGAUGUUCGACCAGAGCGGCGCGCAGGGGUUGCUUCUGACCAAUUUACAGGUCACAGACGACCUCUCACUGGAUCUUGACGGUGAUAGCAUGGUCUUCUCGCCUCCGAAUGCGCUGCACGCAGAGGCAACUGCAGCCUAUUUAUCGUGCAAUGCCGUUCGUAAAGUGGCUCUGAGCAGUGUAACUGACGUAUCCAAGCUUGAAAUUUUGCCUGAGGCAUCAUACUUCCGUAAUCAACUACAACGCCUUCAGGACCUGAAACGCAGGAGGCAAAGUGGCGCCGCCACUGACAUGGACGCGUACACAGAACCGCAACAGGAUGCAGCAUCGUUAAUGGAUCUACAUGAUUCAGGGAGCGCAGCGGAUCCAUACGUCGACGAUUGUUCUUCCGAUGUGGCGCUGACGCAGCCGGAUCCUGGCAUGGAAGGACCGCCGUAUGGAUUCCUGGACACAGGCUCCGAUGGAUACUUAGGUGCCACAUUUUCCACCGUUUCUAUGAAUUCUGAUGGAGCUACAGCAGCGUCAAUAGCGACUUCAAACUCUUCACGUGCCUCCAUUGCUUCGUCCGUGACGGUUCCACAAAGAUUAAUCCGUGCUCUCGGUGGUACGACAAUGAGCAUUAAACAGCGUUUGGCUGAGAUAGAUUUGUUCGGAGGAUCUCAGUUUUCGUAUUAUAUGCCAAACAUUAAAAUGGCAAGUGCGGGCAACCACGAGACGACUCCUGCUGGUCUCGACGGGGCCGGCAGGAAAACGGACAAGUCGGCAAAAUACAGAGCAGCUGACCACAGAGACAUAUUGGCUUUCAUGCGAUCGCGCUCCGCAUCCGAGGAAUUUGACAGCAUCGAUCGCAUCAACGGGAUGCUGCAGGCCAGAACGCCGAUUCGGCCGCAUGGGAUAUUUACGGCGCCCGAUUACACAGGGUCGAUCUUCAAGUUCAGUGACGCCUUUUUAACACGCCUGUGUACGUUAGGCAACCGCAUGCUGAGGCUGGCAAAUGAUAAUGACUGGCGAACGUUACAAGCGGAGAAUCAGGCACCGCCCGUGCUGCAUAUUCACUACACAAGGGACCAAGAGGCGCCGUUCAGCUUCAUGCGCAUCGGCGAAAACUUUUCAUGGAAGGAGGACGAAGAGGUGGGGCUUUCACGGGAUGAAGAUGCCUGGUUUGCCUACCAGGACGUGGUAGAGGGCAGCGCGUCGGAGUUUGGUCUGGACGAGAUGGACAGCGACGCUAUGCACAUCUCGGCGAGUCAGGACCACUCCUUGCAAAUUUCCAUCGACGACAUGUAUGAGGAAGAUACGUUUGAUGUGGAUUUGCCGCGAAGUCAGCCUGUAGAUGGCGGUUCAACACUGGAAUCAGCACCAGAAGCCAAUCACGGCGCACUAGUGCCUGCACCGGUGGCAGUUUAUGUGGACAUUUUCAAAAUCAAAAAGACGCUGUGCAGCGUGGUAUUGCCUCCUCCGGAUUUCCAAGAGGCUCUGGAGGACGGCAUUUCACUCGGAAAUGCCAGCGCUUCUUCACAGCCUCGCAGGGAGACCAGUUGCAUGUUCCAGAGGGCCAUCAGCGAAACGCUGGACCGCUUACAAAGCUCAGACGUCGCCGCGCUUAGCAGCCACAUCAUGUUCGUAUGCCUGCUACACGUUUGCAACGAACAGAAUCUACUUUUGCGACAGGGCGCCGCAUUGGAGGACUUCCAAAUCUGCGUCGACGCGCCCAAGGAGCACCACCUCGGUAACUUUUCGAGCACGUUGUCCACUUGA